AUGGAGCUAUCGAGUUUUCGCCCUGAAGACGUGGUGGGUUCGUGUUCGUGGCUUCGAUGUUGGAGGUGGUGGCUGGUGGACACCGAAAGAGUGUUGGUGGCUUCGAAGUUUUCUCACGUUCAUACAUCCCUCACCCUCACUCACUGUCUCUCUGUUUACGCUCCCCACCCACCCACCCAAUCUCUCCCUCCGCGCACUCUCUCUCUCCGAUUUCCUGCGCUCGCUACGUCGCCGCUGGCCACCGCCAAACACACAGGCCACCCCUCACUCACUGUCUCUCUGUUUGCGCUCCCCACCCACCCACCCAAUCUCUCCCUCCGCGCACUCUCUCUCUCCGAUUUCCAUUGUCUGCCCUGGCUACGUCGCCGCUGGCCACCGCGAAACACACAGGCCACCACGUCGUCGUCGCUAACCAUACCCGCUUCUCUUCUCCUCCACCUUGACAUCCACCACGGCGUUCGCUAUUUGGAGAAAACAGCGUCCACGACCACCGCGAAAACAGCGGAGCCACCGUCGGACUGCGAUUGGCAGACGAUUCCGACCGCCACGACCACCGCGAAGACAAACCACCACGACCCAUUCUGUGAAUCAUGAAUCGUAAUUGCUGUUGCUGCUGCCGUUAAUGGAUGUUCAUCGUUAAAUCUUCCCCAAUUUCAAUUUGCGUAGCUGCUGCCGCUUAUUUGGAUUGGAGCAAUAUUCAGGUAACCAUGUGUUGGACUGGACUGUUGUAUAAUGGUGUAAUUGUGUUGCUGUUUUGAUGAAUUAUUCACCACCCUUGCUGUUUUGAUUUUCUGUUAUUCACCACCCUUGCUGUUUUGAUGAAUUAUUUACUAUCUUUUUAAGGAAUUCCAUAUUCAUAUGUCUAUUGAUGGUGUUAUGUUGUUGUACAAGCCCUGAUUUGAGUGACUCGGUUAUUUGAGUGACUAAUAAUGUGUAUGGAGGUUGAUCUUGCUGAAUUUUGUCGAAUUUGAUUUUUUAGUGACAUGUAUUUGAUUUUUUGAAUCACUUUUAAAGCUGAACAUUAUUUGUGGUUC